AUGACAGGCCCAUUUCAUACUUACGGCCCUUCCUGCCUGUUGGAGGCUGAUGAUACAGAGCUCACGAGCUUAUAUUCACUCGCUACCCCGCCAGACAUUCGAUCUCAGUUCUUCUACGUUUCGUCCCUGCCAAUCGACGACCCUUUGGCUCCGCUUCCCGCCGCUAGCGGGCAAUCAUCAGGAAAUGAAAGAGCCCCUCCCCAACCAUUUUCAGCGAGAGAUAACAUCGCGUUGGAGGCAGCUUGGUCGGAAUUACGGGAAGCCGAGCAGGGGAAAUUUGGUGCUCCCAGUGGAUCCCGCCCGGGGACAUCAAAAGGACGUGCGGGGAUAGCUGUACCGGGUCGCGAAUCGACUUUCGAGGGAAACCGCCCUUCUAGGUCAGCAAAUCGUGGAGAUGGAAGUCUGGUUAGCAGCAGAGACACCCCCAGCAACCCAACCUCUGUACCAGAGGAGAUCGCUGGAUCGUCCGGCAUCGAUACCAGUCACCGGAAAAGAAUGUUUUCUUCCUCCUUCAAUGAAACAGCUGCGGCUAAAAGAAGGAGUCUCUCCCCGCCCGAAGAGGACUUAGAGAGACAAGCAAUCGUGGGCAGUCUUCAGGGACCUUCAUCUCGUGAUGCGAGUAUCAGCGGCUCUCCUUUUAUUCGAGCGCCAGAUUCUCAGCCAGGCACUCCGCUUGGUCGUUCAUUGGAAUCAAUGGGGUCAAAAGAUGGUGUCGAGUGGCAAUCAGAGUUGCGCAUUAAUGCUCCCUAUCACUCAUCCACGAAGCCAUCGGGGCUCCGAGCGACUGUCAGUCUAGAAGAUGCAGGUUUGGAAGACGCCACUGAUACAAGGAACUCAAAAGAAUCUCAGACAAAGAUUCCAGUGGGGGCAUUGCGUCUCCAUUUGGUUGAAUUGCCAAACCUGAAGAUGAAACCAAUUUAUUGGAGCCCACUGCACGAUGUGUCAUCUGUGGUCAGGGCGACAUGGUUCUACAAGAACACCAUGCUUCCAGUUGAAACGCCGGUAGCCAAUCAACUGGAAGAGGGGUACACUUACUUGAAGCCAUGGACUGAUACAUGGCAAGAUGAGCUGAACAGCUGUGUAGAAAAUGGUGCUGAUGCAGAGAUCAAAAUUGCGCACAAACUAUGGCCCAAGAAUGACUCUGGCUCUACUAAUCUACCUGGAACCGCACAGAACUCACAAGAUAAUGACACUCACCAAUCAAAUGGUACCCAAGACAAUUUGUCGUUUGAUAAAAAUCAAGCCUCUGGGGCAACAGCAACUCAUCCCGAGGGAGCUAAGCCAUAUUUAAACUCCAGCGCUAUCUAUGUUGACGCAAUUGAUGCUCAGAUCCUCCGACCGAGCAUGCUACCAUCUGUGUCCAGGGGGAGGAAACCUCUUAAUGCGAUUCGUAAAGGGCGUCAAAUCGGGAUACCAGUGGUUCGCGGAUUCAGUCGCAAGUUAUGGGAUCAACUACACCCAUCAAAGGCCAAUCCAGUGGAUGUACGGAACUAUAUUCGACGAAACCCAUCACAAAAUCCAACGCCUGCCCCUGGCGAACAAAUAUGCUACGCAUGCAAGAUGGAAUGCUUGCGUCCAACUCCGACAGACUUAGUGUUUGUCAUACACGGUAUUGGUCAAAAGCUAUCCGAGAGGAUGGAAAGCUUCCACUUUACUCAUGCGAUGAAUGCCUUCCGUCGCCAGGUGAACAUAGAGCUCAAUAAUGAGCCAGUCUGGCCUCACGUGCGUCACGACCAUGGAGGUAUCAUGGUAUUACCCAUAAACUGGCGCACGACACUAUCACUGGAAGACCCAUCAAUGGAGCCUGCUGACAUGGAGGAUCCAUUUUCCAACGACUAUACUCUGUCAGAUAUUACGCCUCAAACCCUGCCUGCAAUUCGGUCGCUGAUCAGUGACGUUAUGCUCGAUAUCCCUUACUAUCUGUCGCAUCAUAAACCCAAGAUGAUUAAGGCUGUUGUCCGAGAAGCAAAUCGCAUAUAUCGUCUUUGGUGCAAUAAUAAUCCCGGGUUCCAAGACAAGGGCCGCGUACAUCUUCUUGCACAUUCUCUGGGGAGUGUCAUGGCUCUUGACAUUUUAAGCCACCAGCCAACAAACGUACCCCGAUUCAACUUUCUCGAUACCCCUCUGCAUAGCGAUAUCUUUGAGUUCAAUACCGCCAAUCUCUUUCUUUGCGGAAGCCCUGUUGGAUUUUUCUUAUUGCUCAAUAAAGCGAACCUCCUGCCUCGAAAGGGAAGAGAUAAACCAGGUAGCGAAGGCGAAGACCGACUCCGUGGUGUCGCAGGCGAACCCGGCACAUAUGGUUGUCUCGCAGUCGAUAAUUUGUACAAUAUCUUGCACACAACAGACCCGAUUGCUUACCGAGUCAACGCCGCUGUAGACAAUGACCUCUCAAACUCCCUCAAGGUGGCCUCGAUCCCCAGCUCAUCCUCUAGCCUUUGGCAAUCAUUUGGCAGCGUCUUCCGCUGGAGCACCUCCUCAUCAAGCUUUGUUACUUCAGCACACCCAGUUCGGCCUGCCGCAGUCUCCAAAAUGCCCUCAAACGUUGAAAUGGAAACGCACGACUUCACACGGGAAGAAAUCGCUGAAAAACGUAUGCUGCUUCUCAACGAUAAUGGUCAGAUUGAUUAUUACCUAUCAGGUGGAGGUGGCCCACUCAAUAUCCAGUAUCUCAAUAUGUUGAGUGCGCAUAGUAGCUAUUGGACGUUGACGGAUUUUGUGCGGUUUCUUGUGGUGGAGAUUGCUAGGAAGCAGGGUAGAGAUGGGACGUUGGUUGGUUUACGGGCGGAGAAGAAGAAGGGAUACAAGGUUACCAAAGGCUGA